GGCGGGGUUUUAUACCGGGAAGUGAGACAUGGCGGACGAUAGCACUGAAAGCAGUGACAGUGAUGUGGAGCUGGUGCGACCUCGACAUGCAAAACGCAGGCGAAUCGUCCCUGGCACCAUCCCUGCUAUGGCCUCCGUAUAUUCCACCAAGGUGAUCAACUCUCUCAAGCUGCUUCCAAAUGGUACCAGUGCUUUGGCCCAAACGGAUAAGGAGCUACAGAGUUUACGGGGUUCUGAAGGAGAUGUAGAUAUUGAGGUGGUGGCAGAGGUGCAGCCCCCUGUUCCCAAAUCUCCAGUGUUCGGCCUGAGUGACUCUGAGGAGGAAGAGAAGACUGAAAAGCUACAUGAAAGGGUUCGUGACUCCUCUCCUUCACCACCCCCUACACCAAAGACUCCAGAGCACAAGCGUGGUCGAGCUUAUCGCAAGAUAAGGGAGAUGGAUGCCUGCUUGAAGGAUUUAGGAACAUUCAUGUCACCAAAACAACGAUCUGACGCUGAGGAACCUGAUGUGAUUAUGGUGGGGAGCAGCCCUGCUCCAGAGCUCGCCAUUAAAGUGCGCAGGAGAGGGGAAAUCUUCAAAAUAAAUAUUGGCAUGAGGGAACCCCUGUGGAAUGUUGCAGAGUCUGUGGCCUCUCGUCUAAACGUUGAGCCUUCACAAAUCCUCCUCCUCCUGCGAGACGAGGAACUAGAUCUCAACCAGACACCUCAAUCUCUUAACCUCACCGUGGCUGAUAUAAUCGACUGCAUGGUCCUCUCACUAUCGAAUGAGCAGAAUGUGGUUGGUCAGGAUGAUAAGAUCUGUCUGAAGGUUCAGGGCAAGGAGAAGGAAUCACACCUUGAUGUCUUUGUUGGGAAGUGUGAACCUCUUCAAUCCCUGAUGGACCAAUACUCAGCGGCAAUGGGUCUCCCUACGAAAGCCAAGGUCUCUUUCAUUUUUGAAGGGAAGAAACUAACUGGGAAAAGUACCGUGGAAGAACUGGGGCUGGAGAGUGAUGAUAUCAUCGAGGUUUGGGCAUAGUUACAACCACUGGUCUUCACUUAUGGUUGAACAUGUGACUACUCUCCAUCCAAUGCAAGAGCUUGUUCAGAUCUGAGAUAAGAAUACAUCACCAUUGCCCAAUACCAGUCUAACAAAAUGGUUUGCAGGUUCCAGAAGUCCUAAAUCUGGAUUGGUUUUCCUGUGAGCACUGCAGUAAACUUCUAGAACAGAUUUAGACAUUGGCUUGAAAGAUCCAGGAAGUCUACGGGUAAUGAUUUACCUUUAAUUACGAACAGUCUUUCUGCAAGACUGGUGUCUCCUCUCUCAGAAUACGCUGUUUAUCAAACUUCCAAAACUGUUCUCAAAGGUGAAAAUUAACUUUAUUUUUUCUUUAGUUACAAAAAGUCUGCCCUGACCUCCCUUUUGUGUAUAUAUAAUUUAAUCUUUAACUCUGUAAAGAAUUUCUUAAAUCCAAUGUUUAAUUUUGUAUAAAAUAAAAGCAAAU